AUGGACCAGAUCAUACCCAGUCCUGAGCCAGCAGCUGUGAAAGCCAAGGCUGCACAGGCUGUACCAUUAGCUUGCAAGCCAGAGCUGAACGCAAGCCUGACCCAGGUGUCUGGUGUUGCAAAUAUGUCUCCAGUACCUCCAGCAAAGGCAACACCGCCUGCAGAGCCAUACAUACCUGCAUCACGUGCCAAACCAUCUCAAGCACCAAAGCCAAUACCAAUUGCCAAGUGCACCAUGCCUGUGCCGCCAGCCCAGCCAGCUCCAGCAUACAAGGAGGAGGUAGCAGCAGCAGCAGCCAAUGACCAAGAUGCGAUGCGCGCACUGUGUUUCUUCAGGGAACAGAAAGGCCUGACCAACCCUACUCCCAUCGAGGCAACACCCCAGAACCUCCAGGCCUUGAUCCAUGCCACUCCCUUCACCAAAGAAGAAAUGACAGGUCCGACCGCUGAUGUGAUCUUUCAGAGAGGAACCACCCGAGAUCUGAGCGACAUCUGGGAGGAAGAUCUGGGCAACAGCUGGGACAAGGAGUGUGGCAAAACUGAUCAUGGAGCAGCGCAGGCAGCCCCAAUCCCCACUCCAAGCCGUGCACCUGCACCUGCGCCAGCCCACCCGAAACAUCCAGCAGCACACCAAGCCCAUGAGCCAAAAAUUUCCACCCCAGAGCCUAAGGCUUGUCUGCCAUUGGCCAAGCCAGCCCCUGUGCACAGCCCCUACUUGUCAAACUUGAGCACGGAGCCGAACAGUGCGAGCAGCAUGGCCUCACCAUCCACACCAGGCACAGUCACCUAUGCCUACGAAAUCCUGGACUCAGAUGAUGAGGAUGAGGCUCAAAAGCAAGCAGCAGGAGCAGCAGCAGGAGACAACAGCCAUGAAAACCACAAUGGCACGGCUGCAAACGGCAACCAUGGCAAACCAGCUGAGGUGAACGCGGACAACAGCAAAGCAUCAGCAAAGGAGUCAGCAAACACUGGCACAGCAAAGAACAAGCAAACAGAUGUCAGCAAACUACCUACCCUGAACAAGCUUCAGCUUCCAAAGGAGAAGGUCCAGAACUUCGACCUACCAAACAUCGUAAUCUCUGAGGGUGCUACACCGUUGACAUUUGAUGGGUACAAGGAGCGCCAAGCUCUAUUUGUCAAGUUCAAGAGGCUUUCAGUCUCAGUGGCCAGGUCCCACACAGAUCGCGAGCUUGGUCGUCACCAACAAGGCAAGGCCUCUCAGGUUACACUUGAUAUCUCCACUACAUCAGAGCACGAGACAAAGGAUGUGAUCGAACAACGGUUGGACUUGGACCUAGAUGGUGGUUCUGAGGAUGCUGCACGCUUCGCUUCUGGAGCGAACUUGGAGAACAUGCUUGCCUUGCCCGACAUGUUCGGGGGAGGACUAGUCCCGGCGGUAAACGAGCAGCCGCCGCCAGAGGAGAAUGGGAAGGGGGGCCGCCGGAGAAGGAAGGACAAAAAGACCGAUGAGAAUGAUGAGUGCGAUGUCGAUCCCUGCGAAGCAGCUGUGAAGUUGGCAAUUCAGCGAUUGGAUUUGUACCUAGAGGAUGCUCGUGUCGCACAUCAAGCAAAUCGAGACAACGUUGCAGUAGAUCAUGCUCCACGUGCCUCAGCUUCGUCGUCUUCGCAUGCUGCAGUCCGAGCAAAUCUGCAUGCCAUGGACGACAAGGGUUCUCGAUUCUGGAGCUUGUUGGUUCAACAAAUGGCCGAUGCAGCGGUAGAUCUUUGUACCAGUCUUGGAGCAUAUAUCCCACAAACUCAUAUGAUCAGCCGGCUAGCUCGCAUUGCUACAAGUGGCCAACACCCGUCGAAUGCUGAAAGAGACCUCCACCAUAUUUUGGAGAAGCUCAGUCUUCAAAUCCAGCCUACAGAAGUUGAUGUCAGGAUGUGGGACCACAAGAACAGCCGUGUAGUUUGGACCAAGGUGCCGGUAAUCAUGCCAGACUCAAUGGCAUCUGCUAUUUGGACCAUGGGUGGCAAAGACAUGUUUCAUUGGUUUUUCUGCGGGGACAUGUCCCAUGAACAGAUUGAAGAGUAUUGGAACCAUGUCCAUUCUACAUCAGAGUGGUUUCAAGUACAUCCUGCUGCCACAUACCCACGUCGGGGCCUUCUCCCUUUGUCACUUUAUGGAGAUGAGGUUGCUACAUACAAAAACUCUGAAGUUGGGAGCAUCAUGGUCUUAGCAUGGACAUCGGACUUUUGCUACAACCGGCCUCCGCUCUUGAGGUAUUGUCUGCUGACAACGUAUGCUGAAUAUCUUGAGUCUGAUUUCACUUACAAUGACAUCAUGUCAGCGGUAUGUGAUCGGAUCAUCAAGAUGACCGACAUUCGUGAACAGUUUGUGUGGUCUGCUGAUUACACCUUUAUGUUCUCAAGCAACCAAGGUGACUUGAAGUACAUGUUGCACAAGCACAAACUGUUCAGCUAUAUGAGCAAUGAUAUGUGUAGUUGGUGCCGGUGCUGCAAGGUGCAUGCACAAGUCUCCAUGACUCUUGGGGACAUGAGGGAAGAUGCGGCCCACAGCUCUACUCUGAUAAGCCAUCAAGAGUUCAUGCAGUCGACGACACCUGAUGAAAGCAGCUUGCAUGAUCAGUUUUGGUAUUCCUUUGUGAGAGUGGGUGCUUCGGUGCAUGGUCCAGGGGGGCGCUAUCCGUUUGUUCUUCAACACCGUCUUGGUGAAGCUUUCAAGCAGUUCGGUGUAUGGAAGAAGCAAAAUCGCCAUACCACCACCCAAGCAAGGUUCACUUGUUCUCGUUUGCACCGCUUCACCCGGGCUGACUAUCCGGCUUUACAGUCCAAAGGUAUUGCUGGUAAGCGAUUGAGCUUUUGGCUGGCAGACGCUGCAACCUUUUGGGCAACCCGCCCAGGUGCUUCAGACUUGGAUAAGCUUGUGGCCACAACGGCCGUUGCGUACAAAAACUUUUUGCAGCUGCUGUCUGAGUACCCCUUGGUGUUGAGUGAAAGGAUGGCGACACAGAUUUACAAAGCAGGGCAGCUGCACCUUUUGAGUUACGCUCGUUUGAGAAGCUUGUCAGCAGCUGUUACAGGAGCUCAUAGUGGCAACAGGUCAUUGUGGCAGCUGGCGCCGAAGCACCAUUAUCUGUACCAUGUACUUCGUACUGUGAAGCAGACUCGAAUCAAUUGUCGUUUCUACCAGUUGCUCUCUGCAGAGGGUUUUGUCGGCCUAGUUUCCCACAUCGCACGUGUUUGCCACCGAGCAAAUUUGACGAGACGUGUGAUCCAGCGCUACAAGAUCCAAGUGGCACGGUUUGCACGGCACAAGUAUCGCGAAGUGAUAAAAAUGUGCGUGUGA